GAAGUGAAAAUGUGUUGGAUGCAAUGUACAAGAGAGGCAUUCCUCGCACUCUGGAUGAGAUGAGCUUAAUGCUGGGAGAAAGAGUGGAUUCGCCUCCCAAUUCACGUCUUCUGAAGAUAGCUAUCGUGGGUAUGCCCAACUGCGGCAAAAGCACUCUUAUCAAUAGUCUUGUUGGCAGGAAAGUGUGCAGUGUUUCAUCUAAAGUUCACACAACUGAAGUCAGUGCCCAGGCUGUGCACAAUGUAGAGUCAACCCAGAUGGUGUUCUUGGACACUCCUGGCUUAGUCACCCCACAGGAAGUCAGCAAGCACAGUCUGAAUCGCUCUUUAUUAAGAGAGGCAGAAAUAUCACUUCAUGAAGCUGAUGUGAUGGCAGUGAUCCAUGAUGUGUCCAACAAAUAUACCUGCAAUAGUUUACAUCCCAGAGUAUUGCGGCUUUUAGCCCUAUAUCCCACAACACCAAGUAUUUUAAUCUUAAACAAGGUUGAUCUAGUCAAGCAUAAACAGCGCUUGCUAGAUAUAACUCGAAUUAUUACAGAAGGCAUUGUAGGUGGCAACAGGUCACAUGUAGAGAAGAAGAAAGAUGUUCCACUCAGUAAGGAGAAACUUUUGAGAAAAGCCAAGAAAACACUGCAGACUAGAGAAACAAACACAAAGGACAAACUUAUAAAAAAAAAUGAAAAUAUUUUGAUAACUGGUCAGAUUGGUCUGCCAAGAGAUAUCAGUCAGAUAAGCAAGCAGGAUGUCCUGGAAGGAAAAGUUAGAUUGACAGAACAGGAAAUUAAUGCCUUUAUUGAGGGCCAGACUGGGUGGCCCUUGUUCCAGGAAGUCUUCAUGAUAUCUGCCCUUUCUAGCCUGGGGGUGGAUGACUUGAAGGAUUUCUUCUAUUACAAGGCCUAUGAAUCUCCAUGGAUCUUCAGUUCUCAGAUGUUGACAGACCAAAACCCCCAAGAUAUUGCUUUGAUGACAGUAAGAGAAAAGUUCCUAGAUGCUUUCAAGAAUGAAAUCCCAUAUAACCUCAAAUUCACUAUAGAGCACUGGGACCUCUCAGAAGAAGAGAUCCUGUACAUCACAGUUCAAAUUGGGUGCAAGAGGCAAGGUCUUGCCCGGCUCAUCAUAGGCAGUGGUGGCAAGAGCGUUAUCCCCAUUGCACAAGAUGCAGAGCAGGACUUGCGCAAUACUUUCUGCAAUGAGGUGAAACUGAGACUGAAUGUUGUGUAUGAUCCUACGCUCAAAAGAAAAUAGUCAAAAUAUCCUAGUUUGACAUUUUAAGUUUCUCUCUCUCUCUCUCUCUCUCUCUCUCUCUCUCUCUCUCUCUCUCUCUCUCUCUCUCUCUCUCUCUCUCUCUCUCUCUCUCUCUCUCUCUCUCUCUCUGAUAUUUGUAUUUUAUUUUCUGCUUGUUUGUAGUAUCGUUUUGAAUUUUUUAAGGUCUGUU